AGACAGACAUGCACUCACAACUAAUAAACAAUGUUAGCUCAUUAUGCUAGCCAACCAACAUGACUCAUCCUGCUAGUGCCCUUGAGACUGCAUUAGGGACCUUCUUGUCUUUGAAGGGAACACUGCUAUAAUGCUGGUGGACUCAGAGGGAGCGCUUAUUUCCAUAGAUCCCACCAUGCCCACCAACACUCCAAACUCCUUAUACAAGGUAAUGCCUCAGUCAGCUGGGCAGGUGGGGGAUAAGGAAGACAUGUUCCAGAAUGUUCUUUCCCAAGUUGCUGAGCAGUUUAGCAGAGCUUUUAGGAUCAACGAGUUAAAGACGGAGGUGACAAACAGACUGGCCAUGCUGGAGAAGAGAGUGGAGUUGGAAGGCCUGAAGGUCGUUGAGAUUGAAAAGUGUAAGAACGACCUGAGGAAAUUGAGAGACGAGAUGACUUCCAAGGGAGGAGCAAGGGUGACAUGUGGCUGCAAAUACAGCUUCACAGAAGAUGGAAAGAAGCUGUCGCCAAGGCGCGACGUUCCAAACUACCCAAAGUACACUCUGUCUCAGGAGACCAUUGAAGCCCUUAAGAAGCCAACAUUUGAUGUCUGGCAUUGGGAACACAAUGAGAUGUUGAGUUGCUUGGAGUACAUGUACCACGACCUCGGCCUUGUCAAAGAAUUCAAUAUGAACCCCAUCACACUCAAACGAUGGCUGCUAGGCAUCCAGGAGAAUUAUCGCAGCAACCCUUUCCAUAACUUCCGCCACUGCUUCUGUGUCAGUCAGAUGAUGUAUGGGAUGAUCCACCUCUGUAACCUCCAGGAGAGGCUGACCAUGACUGACAUGUGCAUCCUCAUGACAGCUGCUGUGUGUCAUGACCUGGACCACCCUGGCUAUAACAACACGUACCAGAUCAAUGCUCGUACAGAGCUAGCGGUGCGCUACAACGAUAUCUCUCCCCUUGAGAACCAUCACUGCGCAGUGGCCUUCCAGAUCAUCUCUAUGCCUGAGUGUAACAUCUUUGCUAACAUUGAGUCAGAGGCCUUCAAGCAGAUACGCCAGGCUAUUAUCACUCUCAUCUUGGCUACUGACAUGGCAAGACAUGGGGAGAUAUUGGAUUCCUUCAAACAGAAAGUGGACAACUUUGAUUUCACUAACGAUGAGCAUGUAACUUGUCUAAAGAUGGUUCUUAUUAAAUGCUGCGACAUCUCCAAUGAGGUGAGGCCUACAGAAGUGGCUGAACCUUGGGUGGAUUGUCUACUGGAAGAGUACUUUAUGCAGAGUGAUAGAGAAAAGUCAGAGGGUCUGCCUGUGGCUCCUUUUAUGGAUCGGGACAAAGUCACCAAACCCACUGCCCAAAUUGGCUUCAUCAAAUUUGUCCUCAUUCCCAUGUUUGAGACUGUAAUGAAGCUCUUCCCCCAGAUAGAGGAGAUUAUGGUGCAACCAUUGCGGGAUUCCCGAGACCACUACGAGGAACUGAAACAGAUUGACGAUGCCAUGACUGAGGUACAGUUCAGCCCUUCACGUCACACCACAUUAACCUAUUGUCAUGUUCAUUUUCUUUCAAUUCAGUAAUAUUUAAUAAUUAUUAAAUAAUUAAUAAAUAUAUGGGAAUUAAGAGGUUUUUUUUUUACUCGUUUUCAACAUUGAAAUACACCAGAGUACUACUGAUAAUAGUUAUUUGUUCUUACCCUGCCUACAUUAUUGAAUGAAAUUAGCGCACAAAUGCUAACCUGAAGGUGUGUCUUUUGUUCUAUGAGGCACAGAAGAAAAAAAGUGAGAGCAUGUCAUUAGGCGGGAAGAAGAAGUAGACUCUUCCGGCAAACUCAGUGGGUACGGUGUAAGUAAGAUUAAACGAUAGAUGUGACAAGUACCCUCCUUUCUCACUCUUUGACACAUUCCUGUCAAUAGUUGCCGUUUCAGACAUAGCUAGAACACACUGACCAUUUGCUAUGUUCUUAACUGUGUGUAACGUAGCUUCAUAGGGUAGCUUCAGUUCCAGGGGACUGAGGACAUCUUGUGGAUGUUACAGCAUUUGCAGAAUGAAAACCUGGACAUUGUGACAUUGCAGGCAUGGACGGUGCUCUUGCUGCAGAAACACAAUUGACCUUUAUACUGAUAAGCCGUUUUUGUCCUUGAUUGCAAAACAAAGCAACAUGCUGAAAAAGACUGCUGACAGACUGAAUUCCAACAAUACCAAUAUCAAAAUAUAGCUGCAAGCAGCAAGGAGGUGUCCAAGCCGGAUAAAGAGGGUAAAAUGAACGAAAAACAUUUUUGGCAUCCUCACAGGGUUCUGAGUAAAUGCAGCUUUGAAUCCAUCAAAGAUUUGCUGAGAUACGACCCAACUUCCUGUUU